CUUCAGAUUAAAUUAAUUGGUGGCAGUACAACAGGAGAAGGUCGGGUGGAGAUCAGAUUAGACAACACACAUUCAUGGGGAACAAUCUGCGAUGACUUAUGGGGCGACGCUGAUGCAACAGUAGUAUGUCGUAUGUUCGGUUACAAGUUCGGUAGUCCUCGUCGAUAUGCCACUUUUGGACAAGGAAGCGGUCCAAUUUAUAUGGACAAUGUCCAGUGUCGAGGAAACGAACCAGUUAUAACAAAUUGCUCAUAUUCUGGGUGGGAAACACACAACUGCAGACAUUACGAAGAUGCUGGCGUGACUUGUUUUAAUUAUGAUAAGGCACCUACGGUACAACUUGUCGGUAGUGGUCCAAGAAGUGGAAGAGUUCAAAUAUCCUUCAAUGGUCAAACUGGAACAAUCUGUGAUAACAGUUGGUCGAACAAUGAUGCCAGAGUGGUGUGUAAAACCAUGGGUUUUGUUGAUGGUAUAGCAUUUAAGGGUUCAUAUUAUGGACGCGGAUCUGGUGCUAUUUUCUUGGAUAGGUUAUAUUGCAAUGGGAGAGAGGGUACUAUUUUUGGCUGUCCUAAUAGAGGUUGGACAAUAGCGGACCGGAGCUGCACAGAUCACUCUAAAGAUGCCUCAGUGGUGUGUUAUAACGAAGAGGUAUCCAUAUCAUUAAUCAAUGGACCAACUGGAAAUCAAGGUAUCGUUCAAAUAACGAUUGAUGGUAGACCCGGAACUCUUUGCGGAUCAACAUUCUCCUCUACAUCAGCCAAGGUCCUGUGUAAACAGAUGGGAUACCUUGACGGUACAGCACAAUCUAGAAGUUUGUAUGGUAACACUACGGGAUUUUCCUACAUGUAUCAACCGUCAUGUGAUGGUACAGAAAGCAAGAUAUGGAACUGUAAAAAUCAAGGAUGGAAUGUGACCACCCGUUACUGUGCUGCUCAUAAUAAUGAUGCAAGACUUCGUCUGAAUGGAACUAAGAGAGGUUAUGGACGAGCUGAAGUCGCUAUAGAUGGAGUGUGGGGUAGAAUGUGUACAGGUUAUUCCUCCUAUUACACUGCUAAUGCUGUCUGUAAACAGUUGGGUUUCACUGGUGGUAACAGUGUCAGCUCACGUUCUAGUGGUAGAGGUCGCAUCUAUAUUCGAAGUGUUUCCUGUAACAGUAACGCAGAGUCUUUAAACCAGUGUUCAAUUAGUUGGGGAACAACCAGAUACUGUAGAGAGCUGAAUGUACAAUGUUAUGGAAGAGUUCGGCUUACUAAUGGUAAUCAUCUGUCCACUGGUUCUAUAGAAGUUAACAUCAAUAAUAACUGGGGAUCUGUUUGCGAUCACAACUGGAAAGCUGCAAACACUAGAGUUGCUUGUAAACAGUUAGGGUAUGAUGAUGGGCUAACUGCUUGUUGUUCAGCCUACGGAAAUCAUCCUAAAGCCAUCAUAGAGAAUGUUAAUUGUGCUGGAACUGAAUCUCGUCUUCAAGACUGUACUCAUGACAAUCCACACAAAUCAUCUUGCUACCAACACAAUGUUGCUGUCAUUUGUUACAAGGGAACCAAACCAACAACUUACACUUGGAAAUUGGGUGGUGGAAACAACUACACGGGAGAAGUUUUGGUUGAUUACAUGGGUACUACUGGUAGAAUAUGCUCUGAUAAUUGGGAUGACAAUGAUGCUAGAGUAGUAUGUAAAGCCCUGGGUUUUAGAAAUGGAACUGCUUAUAACCAUGCUAGAUUUGAUUAUUACUAUGCCUCACAUGGACCAUUCUGGUUAAAUAAUGUUGGAUGUACUGGUAGUGAAGCCACUCUUAAUGACUGUCCUCUGCCCACGACGCCUUUAGGGGGAGUAUCAAAAUGUAAUUCAGGGAAAGCUGCAGGAGUUUUAUGUGCCGAUAUUUCCGGUAUUUACUACAGAAUCAAUGGACCGCAAGAUAAUAUGGGACGUGUUGAAGUAUCUGUAAAUGGAGUUUGGGGUUCGAUUUGCAACACCGGUUUUGAUAACAGAGAAGCCAAUGUUUUCUGUCGAACGCUUGGAUAUUCGGACGGUCGAGCCCAAGUUGUAUCAUAUCCAAACCCAUCUGGACCUGUUUUUAAAUCAAACUUCCAGUGUACAGGAGACGAAAAUAACCUUGCAGCCUGUCCACACCAAGGUUGGCUCAAGGCCACAGACUAUCGGUGUUCCAAUCAUCGCCGUGAUGCUAGUAUAAUUUGCUAUGAUCAAGUGCGACUAGCAACCGGAUUUGGUCCAGAUAUAAAACAAGGCCCAGUUCAAUACUACAGUAAUGGUACCUGGAAUUUAGUUUGUGAUACUAACUUCAAUGAUCUAAGUGCGAAACGUAUUUGUCAAGAUAUCGGAUUCUUCGAUGGAAAAGCUAUCUGCUGUUCAGCAUAUGGAAUCGGUUUCCAGUUCUGGUAUAAUGGAGGUUACAGAAUCAGUAAUAUGACAAUGGCUUGUACUGGAAACGAAAAGAGUUCGAUGGAAUGUUUACAAGAAUCCACUUGUGAAUCACAAAAUUAUGCUUCUGCCAUUUGCUUCAAUGAUACGGAUGUUAUAAAUGAAAAUUACGACUUCCAUUUCCAUGAUUCGACAGAUAAAUCUGGUCGUAUUGAAGUAUCUCAUUAUAAUACGAAGGGUAGAAUUUGCAGUACUUUUUGGGAUGAUACUAAUGCUAGAGUUUAUUGUAAGAAGCGAGGAUAUCCAGAUGGUAUAGCUUAUCACUCUUCACGAUGGACAUGGACUUCAGUCACAGAAAGGGGACCUUUUUGGGUUGGAAGUAUGAACUGUACAGGAUCUGAACCUUCAUUAAAAAAUUGCAGUUUUACAGAUCGUUUAACGUUAGGUAACUGCUCUCAAGCUGAUGUUGGAGCUGUUUCAUGUUUCGAUGAUACAAGUGGUAUCCAAUACCGAUUAGCUGGAGGAGAUAAGAAAGAAGGUCGAGUGGAGAUCAGUGUAGGUGGAGUCUGGGGAACAGUUUGUGACUUAUUUUGGGAUAAAAGAGAAGCUGGAGUGUUAUGUCGCUCCUUGGGUUAUUCUGAUGGCUAUUCUGUCAGAGGUGCACACUAUGGCCCAGGAAGCGGUCCUGUAUGGUUGAGUAGAUUACGAUGUACUGGUACAGAGACUGAUCUUCACAGAUGCCCGCAUAACGGUUUUCAGAGUGAAGUUGUCGAUGGUUCUACAUACAGCUGGCGUAAAUGUCAAUCACAUGAUGAUGACGCCUCCGUAGUUUGUGUUGAUAAAUUGAAGUUGAACUUGGGACUCAAUGCUUCCAUGGGAGCUGUCGAAGUUUAUGUUUCACCUUCUUGGUUAGGAGUUUGUGAUGAUGGUUUUGAUGAUAAUGCUGCCGCAGUAGUGUGUAGAACUAUGGGUUAUCCAAAUGGUGUGAAGCUUCCUGGUUCUAGCUUUGGUGUUACAGAUGGUCCCAUUGGUGUGACAAAAGUUAAAUGCAGUGCUGUUAUGAAGACCUUUUCUCAAUGUGCCCAAACUAUAUCCAGAACCUGCCCGAGUGGAUUAUAUGCCUCAGUUUAUUGUAGUAUGGAUGAUAUUGUUGAUGAUGGCAUCAAAGUAGAACUGGAUCCUGACUCUACAUCUGGACAGUCCGGUCUGGUCAAAGUCCAUAAAGGAGGAGUGUGGGGUAGUGUUUGUAUGGCUGGUAUCGACAAAGUCUUUGCUACUGUUGCCUGUCGCGAAUUUGGUUUUGGGGGCGGGAUUCCAUACACUUCCAGAGAAAAAGAUAUUAGACCAAUUCUUAUGGCAGAUGUAAAAUGUAAUGGUGCAGAGCGAUCGCUUAAGGAUUGUAGUUAUACAGCCAAAUCUAAAAAUAAUUGGUGUGAUUAUUAUGCACCCAGAGCAGGUGUUCUUUGUUACAAUACAAGUAUACAAUUCCGUCUUACUGGUGAUACUGAUAAGAGCAGAGGACGAAUUGAAAUGAAUGUUGAUGGACAAUGGGGAGCCUUCUGUAAUUCCUGGACAGAUUCUCGUAUUGGCAGAGUUGUGUGUAAACAACAGGGGUUUGUAGAUGGUAUAAUGGUAUCAGGAAAUAAAUAUAUAUCACCCGAUGAUGAACCAAUGUGGUAUACCAGUACUCGUUGUAUUGGAAAUGAGAGCUCAAUCACAACAUGCUCGAGUGAUGGGUUCCAGUAUAACGGUUACUACAGACGAUAUUAUGAAUGGGCUUGCAGACGAAGAACUGGUCCCAUUUCAGUACAGUGCUAUAACCAGGAAUUUAAGAUAAGUCAACUACGUUUAGCAGAUGGAACCAAUAGUUCUGGAAGAGUGGAAGUAUUCUUAGAAGGUCCAAAUCAGUGGGGAACAGUGUGUGAUGAUUAUUGGUCAGAUGUUGAUGCCACCGUUGUUUGCAAUCAACUUGGUUUUGCUACUGGUACAGCUAUAAAACGAGCAGCUGUGUUUGGCCAAGGCACUGGUCAAAUUUGGUUAGACGACGUUGCAUGUACAGGCUCGGAAAUGAACUUAAAGGAUUGUCCAAGUAACGGAUUCUCUGUCCAUAAUUGUCAACAUACAGAGGAUGCGGGUGUAACUUGUAAAGGUGUAUAUGUUCCGCCUACCACACCUCCCAUUGUUUCAACUAAACCUACCGGCAAAGGUGGUCCGGUAACAGAGCAAAUCACUGGUGGUAAAUCUGGUUCUGAUUCUGGUACAGCUGCUGCCAUUGCAGUGCCCAUAGUCAUCAUAAUCAUCGUGGGUGCUGUUCUUGGGUUCUUAUAUUAUAAACGCUAUGGAAACAGAUUUAAAGACUUGCGAGAAGAUCUUGUUGACGAGGCACCAAAGCAUGGUGGUGGUGGUGUUUCAUUGCGACCAAGUGGUGCGUUCUUCUCAAAAUUUAGAUCAGGUGGCGCUUCAUCCUCCGCUCAACCAGGGGUCACCAAUCCUUCUUAUGAAUUUGCACAGCCAUCGACAUUCAGUCCUGAAUCCGAUUCAUAAGUCAAGAUACGUCUCAUUCAUUUGUUAUUCUGUUAAAGUUAUUAAUAUAUAAAUUUGUUUCAUUGUUUAAUGUGAUAAAAUUAAUGUGAUUUAAUGAUAACUGUAUAAUAUUAUUUAUAAUUAUGAAUACCAGACUAUUUUUAUCAUUUUACAGAAUGUUAGCCUAUCUUUCUACUUUUUUAUACAUGUACUAUACUUUUGGUGUGUUUUUUGUAAAUAUUCAUGUAAAUAAAUAGUAGUUUACAUCAUCA